GUCAAGUCUACAGCCACUCUUUGGUUUUCUUGACAAAUAAGCUCAAAAGGAAGACGGAGUAGUAAAGAUGACUUGGGAAGGAGGACUCGAGCCCAAUGGCACGGAGGGCAAGAACUUCUACAUCCCCAUGUCCAACAGGACCGGGGUUGUCAGAAGUCCCUUUGAAUACCAGCAGUAUUAUUUGACCGAUCCCAUUAUGUUUAAGAUUCUAGCUCUCUACAUGUUCUUCCUGAUCUGCACCGGGACUCCGAUCAAUUCUCUGACAUUGUUGGUCACAGCUCAGAACAAGAAGCUCCGGCAACCUCUCAACUACAUCCUGGUCAACCUGGCUGUGGCGGGGCUCAUCAUGUGCGCCUUCGGAUUCACCAUCACCAUCACGUCGGCCGUCAACGGCUACUUCAUUCUCGGAGCCACUGCGUGUGCUGUUGAGGGAUUCAUGGCCACAUUAGGAGGUGAAGUGGCUCUCUGGUCCCUGGUGGUUCUUGCUGUUGAAAGGUACAUCGUAGUCUGCAAACCCAUGGGAAGCUUCAAGUUCUCUGGUACUCAUGCAGGAGCUGGCGUCCUUCUCACCUGGGUCAUGGCUAUGGCCUGUGCUGCUCCCCCACUUUUUGGUUGGUCCAGGUACAUUCCUGAAGGCAUGCAGUGCUCGUGUGGACCUGACUACUACACUCUGGCUCCAGGCUUCAACAACGAAUCAUACGUCAUCUACAUGUUUGUGGUCCACUUCUUUACUCCCGUCUUCAUCAUUUUCUUUACUUAUGGAAGCCUUGUGCUGACAGUCAAAGCUGCUGCAGCCCAGCAGCAAGAGUCAGAGUCUACCCAGAAAGCUGAGAAGGAGGUGACACGCAUGUGCAUCUUGAUGGUCUUUGGCUUCCUAGUAGCUUGGGUGCCAUAUGCCAGUUUUGCCGGAUGGAUCUUCUUGAACAAGGGAGCUCCCUUCUCAGCCCUGACAGCAGCCAUCCCCGCCUUCUUUGCAAAGAGCUCAGCUCUGUAUAACCCUGUUAUCUACGUGCUGUUGAACAAACAGUUCCGUAACUGCAUGCUGAGCACUAUUGGAAUGGGCGGCAUGGUGGAGGACGAGACCUCAGUCUCUGCCAGCAAGACAGAAGUGUCCUCUGUGUCUUAAAUUUAGAGAUAUUUUCAUACGCCUGGACAUUUACUUUUUCUAUUGUCUCUUUGGUAUGGAAUAAUCCUGGAGGUGGACUAAAUGCAGUUCAGAGAUGUCCGGACUCUUUGUACUGUAUUUUCAAAAUAAGCAAAUAUAUAAAAUUCUGAAACUAUAUUUUUGUCACUUGCUGAGGAUGUCAUUAUGAACUGGAAACAUUGUAAAUAUAUAUAUGUAAAUUAAUAUAGAUAAAUAAAUG